AUGCUUACACGCAAUUACACAGCGGCAGACGAUCCCUCUUCUUCAAGUCAAGCCGACUCGCGCCUCUCGCUUGGAUCACCUUUAUCACAAGGGGGUGAUACAGACGACUCUCCUUCUCGUGAAUACACCUCUUCAAGAAUCAUUUAUGCGCAUCAAAGCAUGGAUGUUGAUGGUGAUGACGAUGGUGAUGAUGAUGAUAUGCAUCCAACUCGGCCAUCGACGACAUUGAGCGAUUUUGAUCAACAACGAUUUGAGCAGGAUGUCCUUGAUCUUUCGAUAGCACAUCAUUCGAGUUAUGCUGUGGGUGGUUCAGAUCGUGUUCUUCGAAGUAUGCGACAUGCACAUGACACCAACAUGGGACGUCGUCGUGCACUUAGCAGUAAUAAUGAACAGCAUACAAUUGGAUCAGAGACAUUAUUACCAUCCUCCAACAGACGCAACAACCUUCGUUUUGCUUAUCAAAGACAAACCAGUACGAAUGGAAGCAUCAAUCACAAUGAAGAUGGUCGAGAUCGUUCAACACCCUCCAAUAGUACAAAUCAUCAUCACGAUCAGGAACAACAACGUCAACGUGAAGGCUUGGAAGCUCUUACUCGCAUUGAAACCCAAUUCGCUGAGUUGAGGAAUAGGAUAUACCAGGAAAGGAUGGCCGAGUUGAAUCGUGAGGCUUUGAUGAUUUCUCAAGGGACACAUCCUGAGAUGGCGCCUUUUUUCCAAGUACUCGAUCAAAGGAAAGCUGAUAGGACCAGGGAAGCUGAAGCCUUGUAUAAGCAAAGGAAGAACGUCAUCCGCAACGAAUAUGAUGCAAUCAAACACCAAGCAAAUACAGAAUUUGUGGCAAAAAGGAAGGAUUUGAAAGAGAAACUUUUGGCGAAUCUCCAUCAGCAGCUAUUCCAAUUGAAAUAUGAGAGAGAAACCUUAUUACGUAGGAUGGCGACACCACCCGGCAAUCGUCACUCAGCCAUCCUUAGCCGACCCUCCAUGAAAAGACAGAAACAGCAGCAACAACAGCAGCACAAGCCCCGCUAUCCGAAGGUUGUUCCGAUACCUCAGGGUCUACCCCAAGCUUCUGCAUGCAAGGACCUCAACAUGAUCAAGAACAAGUGA